UACAGUGCCUUUUUUUAAUGUCUUUCUUUUAGUGCUACAGGCUAGCACCUAAGACACGUUGUGGCUGCCGACAGCUACAGUAUGUGAUUCGAGUGUAAACCGAAGCUACGCAAAUAGCCUGGAGCAGCGUUUUCGAAGUGGAGAAAGUUGAAAGGAAACUACCACGGGAGUGUGGGUUAUCAUGGAAAAAGUGAACAGAGAUAAGACUAACCCGGCAGCGACAGCGAGCAUUUUGUCCAAGAUAUUUUUCUGGUGGCUCAAUCCUUUGUUUCGCAUUGGACGCAAACGCAAGCUGGAGGAAGAUGACAUGUACGAAGUGCUCACAGAGGACAGGUCGGACAAACUGGGACAAGAUCUGCAGAGAUGCUGGGAUCAUCAGCUUCAGAUGGCUACCAAAGAGCUGCGGACACCUAGCCUUGCCAACGGCAUCAUUAAGUGCUACUGGAAACCAUAUGGACUGCUGGGACUCUUUACCCUCAUUGAAGAGGUCAUCAAAGUGAUCCAGCCGGUCAUCUUGGGGAAGAUGAUUCAAUACUUUGAGAAUUAUAAUCCAGAUAACAUGACCGCUCUGUACGAGACUCUGGGCUAUGCAGCUGGCUUGUCUAUGUGCACCAUCUGCCUGGCCUUGACCCAUCACCUCUACUUCUUCCACGUCCAGAGGACGGGCAUGAAGAUCAGAGUGGCCAUGUGUCACAUGAUCUACAAAAAGGCUCUGCGUCUCAGCAGUUCAGCCAUGGGAAAAACCACCACAGGCCAGAUUGUCAACCUCCUGUCCAAUGAUGUCAACAAGUUUGAUGAUGUGACUAUCUUCCUGCACUUUCUGUGGGUCGGGCCCCUCCAGGCUGCGGCGGUGGUGGGAGUGCUGUGGGCGGAGAUCGGCCCAUCAUGCUUGGCAGGGAUGGUGAUUCUCAUGUUCCUGAUGCCCACGCAAACCAUGUUUGGAAGGCUCUUUUCUAAGUUCAGGAGUAAGACCGCUGUCCUCACAGACGAAAGAAUCCGCACAAUGAACGAAGUGGUGUCUGGAAUGAGGAUCAUUAAGAUGUACGCCUGGGAAAAACCCUUUGCUGCUCUGGUCACUGAGGUCAGAAGGAAGGAGAUCUCCAAGAUCAUGAAGAGCUCCUACCUACGAGGCCUUAACAUGGCCUCUUUCUACUGCGCCAGCAAGAUCAUCCUCUUCGUCACUUUCACCCUCUAUGUCCUCCUGGGAAAUACCAUCACGGCCAGCCGUGUGUUUGUGACGGUCUCGCUGUACACUUCUGUGCGACUCACCGUCACGCUCUUCUUCCCAAGUGCCAUCGAGAAGCUGUUUGAGAGCCGUGUCAGCGUCCGCAGGAUCCAGGAGUUCUUAAUGCUGGAUGAGAUCACAAAAGGCCCAGCUGCACUACCAGAGGAUGAGAAGAAAGACGCCUUCGUGGAGAUCCAGGACCUAGUCUGCUACUGGGACAAGAGUCUGGAUGCUCCAUCUCUGCAGAACCUUUCCUUCACUCUGAACUCAAGUCAGCUGUUGGCUGUAAUUGGACCAGUGGGAGCUGGAAAGUCAUCCCUGUUGAGCACCAUCCUGCGAGAGCUGCCUCAUGAAAAGGGGGUGCUGACAGUCAAAGGUCAGCUGACCUAUGCUGCCCAGCAGCCCUGGGUGUUCCCCGGAACCAUUCGCAGUAACAUCCUGUUUGGGAAAGAGUUCAACGCCCAGAAGUAUGAGAGAGUCAUUCGAGCCUGUGCUCUAAAGAGGGACAUGGAGCUGCUCCCAGAUGGAGACCUGACAAUAAUCGGGGACAGGGGAGCCACACUCAGCGGGGGACAGAAAGCUCGUGUCAACCUGGCAAGGGCUGUGUAUCAGGAUGCAGACAUCUACCUGCUGGAUGACCCUUUGAGUGCUGUGGAUGCUGAGGUCGGAAGACACCUGUUUGAACAGUGCAUCUGUGGCCUGCUGAAGAACAAGCCUCGUAUCCUGGUCACUCACCAGCUGCAGUACCUGCAAGUAGCCGACCAGAUUGUUGUCCUCAAGGAGGGUCACAUGGUGGCAAAGGGGACGUAUACAGAGCUGCAGCGGUCUGGAGUGGACUUCACCUCCCUGCUGAAGGAGGAGGAGGAGAAACAGCCCCCUCCAGACAUCGUCGCCAGGAGCAGAACUCUGUCCCAAAACUCACAGACCUCAUCUGUGCACUCGAUCAAAGAUGGAGACCAGCUACCGUCCGAGCAUGUGCAGACCGUAGCAGAGGAGAGUCGUGCUGAGGGAACCAUUGGAGCGAGUCUGUAUGUCAAAUACCUGAGAGCUGGAGCCAGCAUCGUUGUUCUGCUGGUUGGCAUAGUGGUCAGCAUUCUGGCUCAGGUAGCAUACAUCAUGCAGGACUGGUGGCUGGCUCACUGGGCUGACGAGCAAGAUAAGCUGACUGCCAACAGCACCGUCAUCCAAAACGGGCUAAACAUCACUGCAGAGCUGAAUACAGAUUUCUACCUGGGUGUUUUUGGAGGUUUGACAGCAGCCGUCAUCUUUUUUGGCUUCAUCAGGAAUAUUGUCCUGUUCAACAUGUUAGUGAGGUCUGCACAGUCUCUGCACAACCGCAUGUUCAACUCCAUACUCAAAUCACCUGUGCACUUCUUUGACGUCAACCCUAUUGGAAGAGUCUUAAACAGGUUUUCGAAGGAUAUUGGCCAGCUGGAUUCUAUGUUGCCGUGGACUUUUGCUGACUUUGUUCAGGUGUUCCUGCAGAUUGUCGGGACGAUUGCUGUGUCGGUGUCAGUGAUCCCCUGGAUCCUCAUCCCUGUUGUCCCCCUCCUCCUCGUCUUCCUCUUCCUACGUCGCUACUUCCUGCAGACCUCCAGAAACAUCAAACGCCUCGAGGCCACAACUCGGAGUCCGGUGUUCUCCCACCUCUCGUCAUCUCUUCAGGGCCUGUGGACCAUCCGAGCCUUUGGAGCCGAGGAAAGGUUCCAGCAAGCCUUUGAUGCCCAUCAGGACCUGCACUCAGCGGCCUGGUUCCUGUUCCUGACCACCUCCCGCUGGUUCGCUGUUCGUCUUGACGGCCUCUGCGCCAUCUUUGUUACUGUUGCCACCUUUGGCUGCCUGCUCCUAAGAGACCAGCUGGACGCUGGCUCCGUUGGUCUGUCUCUGACUUACUCUGUUACACUGAUGGGCAUGUUCCAGUGGGGUGUCAGGCAGAGUACAGAGCUGGAGAACAUGAUGACCUCGGUCGAGAGAGUGGUGGAGUACACUGACCUGGAGAGUGAGGCACCCUGGGAAACCCAGAAGCGUCCUCCUCCUGAUUGGCCCAGCAAAGGCCUGGUGACGUUUGACCAGGUCAGCUUCUCCUACAGCCCCGAAGGACCGCUAGUGCUCCAGAGCCUGAAAGCAAUGUUCCGACCCAAAGAGAAGGUUGGUAUUGUGGGUAGAACAGGUGCUGGGAAAAGCUCCCUGGUCUCGGCUCUCUUCCGCCUGGCCGAGCCUCAGGGGAAGAUCUACAUCGAUGGUGUUCUGACCUCUGAGAUCGGCCUCCACAACCUGCGCCAGAAGAUGUCCAUCAUUCCUCAGGACCCAGUGCUUUUUACAGGCUCCAUGAGGAAGAACUUGGACCCUUUCAACCAUCACACUGAUGAAGAUCUGUGGAAGGCUCUGGAGGAGGUGCAGCUGAAGUCUGUGGUGGAGGAGCUGCCGGGGAAGUUGGAGACGGUUCUGGCCGAGUCGGGCUCCAACUUCAGCGUUGGCCAGAGGCAGCUUGUGUGUCUGGCCAGAGCCAUCCUCAGGAAGAACCGCAUCCUCGUCAUCGACGAGGCCACAGCCAACGUGGACCCAAGGACCGAUGAACUGAUCCAGAAAACCAUACGGGACAAGUUCAGAGAAUGCACCGUCCUCACCAUCGCUCAUCGUCUCAACACCAUCAUAGACAGCGACAGAAUACUGGUUCUAGAUGCAGGGAAAAUUCAUGCCUAUGAUGAGCCUUAUACCCUGCUUCAAGAUCCAGAUGGCAUCUUUUAUAAAAUGGUUCAGCAGACCGGCAAGCAGGAGGCAGCAGCUCUACUAGAGGCAGCUAAACAGGUUUACAACAACAGAAGCCAUCCUAGCAUAGCAAACGGAGUAACAGCAGACGGUAACUUGGUUAUCUUUGAGACAGCUCUGUGAGCUCCGGGAGGCUCUGACUCUCUAAACUUGAAAAAGUGCCUGGGCUCGUACUGCACCCCUCCAGCCUGUGGUGACAGCACCCAGGGGCUGAUAGAAGGACCCCAUCCACUCCAGCUGCUGAGGAGACAGGAUCUGAAGAGGUUCAGGUGGGCUCAGUAGGGUCGUGAAUGGCUGAGCCAAAUACACGCACAUUAUGCUGCUGUUUUCUUCAAGCCAAAAGAGCUUGGAGAUCACUGCUGUAAAACUGUUGAAAUAAAUCACUAUUUAUUUUCAAUGCUUCAUAUUUAUCUUCUGUUAUUUGCUGCUCAGUAUACUGAUGCCUUGGAGAAAUUGCUUUUAAAUGGCUGCAUAAUCCUUACAACAUUGUUUGUGCCUUAUUUUAUGUUCAUACACACUAAUUUAACCAAUGAUAUUAUCUAGAUUUAUCCAAAGUUGCCUUUUUUUUAUAUAGGAAACAAUUAUUGCACUUGAUUUCGUACCAGAUUUAAGGAAUUACACAGCAGCAUUCAUUUCUGUAAUCUCUACGAAUGUUUUGUUUCAGCCUUUAGAUUCUUAAAUGUUCUUUUUUUACCGUUCCUACUCAGUUUACAGGGAGGAAGCUCAGGUGGCAAUCUGAAUGCCUUUCCUACAAAUCGUGAAUUAAUUUUUGUUAAAAUUAUUUGACACUUUGUUUUGUUGGUUCUUUCCAUUAAAAAUGCGUCAUGACUAUCUGACAUGUUAAUACUUUGUUGUUUCAACUGCCAAUUUGUACAUUUCUUAUGUCAACUGCUGCAUAAACACUUACAAAUCUUA